UGUGUGUGUGUGUGUGUGUGUGCGUAUGUGUGUGUGUGAGCGUGUGUGGAGACCCCAGCUAACCGUGCGCGCACGAAGAGGCAGAGGGGUCUGCAGACGGCAAGUCAAGUGUCACCAUGAUCGACCUUAUAUGGGGAGGAUCUUAAUGCGUGGCGGCAUAAAUCAUAACAGCAAGAUGACAUUUCACAUCCUCCUCUGGAUCGGAGUACAGUCCGCUAUCUGAAGCUCCGUAGGCUGGACCAUACAACCGCAAGCAGCUGCAGUGUGUGCAGUCAGCUGAAAGCUAGAGCCACGAUAGAAGAAGACAAAAAUAUUGUUCGCGUGAUUAUUAAUUGCAAUCAGGAUGAAGAGGAGGAAGAUCAUGGUGGCUGCUGGCUUCUGCCUUUCUUUCUUCCUCGGUACGCUGAUGAAUUUAUUGUUCAUUCCAGGAUUUGAGCACCAUCAGAACCACGGAGACAGACUGCGCAGCUACCACCACGGCAGGCAGCACCAGCGCGUUGCGGACAACGCACAGCUUCAUGUCGGGGACCCACUCACCGCUGCUGUCGCCGCCGAGGUGAACAGCCGUCCCGCAACCAGUGACUGGAAACGGCAGCGCGAGCUCCAGAUGCAAAUACGAGAAAGACUCGAGGAGGUUCUCCGGUACCGCCAACGGCAAGCACACUGGCCAGCUACUGGAGACGCCUUUCGUCCGCUGGAGAGAAGACGGCUCAUGGACCUGGAGCCGGCGAGCUACCGGGAACUCAACAAAGCCAAAGAUAGACGGGACAAUCGCCACAUAAACGCUCAAAGCAGACAAUCGCCGGCUGGGUCAAAUAGUGCGAAAGCACAAAAUGUAUUUUGGAUGAAUUCAGUGAGGGUCGACACCGGGCAGUUAGGGUGCCACAGUAUUGCCAAUGUGACUAACAUUCAGUACCUUGGUUCGGGCUACACAAAAGCUGUUUACAAGGCGACCAUCAACAGCAGCUUAUCAGUAGCUCUGAAGUCAGUGGAUUUUGGAGGUCACGAUAUGGACAACUGCAUCAAGAAGUAUGGAUCGGCUGAUGAUUGUUAUCGACUGGCCUCUUUUAAAAUAGUGAAAGAGAUGACGCUGAUGGAACAGUUGCAACAUCCCAAUAUUCUGCAGUUGUAUGGAUACUGUUACCAGGACAGCAAUGACAUCAGGGACACGGUGACGGCCAUCACCGAGCUGGGGAAUCCGCUGGAGAUGAUCCAGCUGCUGCAGACGCCCUGGGAGGAACGCUUCAGAAUCUGCCUGAGUCUGGUGCGUCUGCUGCACUUCCUGGCCCACUCGCCGCUGGGCCCCGUCACGCUGCUGGACUUCCGGCCGCGGCAGUUCGUGCUGGUGGGCGGUGAGCUGAAGGUGACGGACCUGGACGAUGCCAGCGUGGAGGAGACGCCCUGCGGCAGUCCGCACGCCGCGCCUGCCGACUGCCUCAUGGAGUUCCCGGCGCGGAACUUCACCCUCCCAUGCAUCAGAGGGCGCUGCCAGGGCAUUAACGAAAAGAGGAACCUCUACAACGCCUACAGGUUCUUCUUCACCUACCUGCUUCCCCACAGUGCCCCUCCUGCUCUGAGACCGCUGCUGGAUAAGAUUGUCAACUCAACUGGGGAGCUUGCCUGGGGCAUUGAUGAGACUCAGGUGCAUCUUGAGAAGGUGUUGCAUCUCUACAAAAAUGGACUUUACCUACAGAAUACCUCUCAGACACACACAUCUGAGUAUAAGCGGCUGGUGGACACGUCCAUCUCAGGGGACAACUACCGCUGCUGGCCGUCCUAUCAGCACGAUGGGUGCACACUGUCCGUCUUCUCAGUCCGUGAGGCCAUUGGGGUCUGUGAAAGCCACGCCCAGUGCCAGGCCUUCAUCUUGACCAAUCAGACCACAUGGACAGGUCACCAGCUUGUUCAGUUCAAAACGGGUUCCAGCCAUCUAAGCCCCAGCAAAGGCCGGCUCGCCUACGUGAGGACGGGCCGCUGAAAGGAGACGCAACAAGACGACAAAAGAAGAAGUAGAAGAAAAAGAAGGGAGAGGGACAGAUGAAACAGGAAGCCCCAGGAGGUGGUCAGAGACAGGUCCGUGUGGCUGACCAGAUCACACACCACUCCCCUCCGUAGGGAUGAGCUGGGAAAAACAGCCAGGUAGGCUGAGCCCAGUGGCUGCGAUGGCACAGUGGACCUCACUGCAGUGUCAGGACCAGAGGAGUGAGGAGCAGGCCAGUGUGGUCUAUGGCAUGCCUGAGGCCACCACAGAGCAGCCACUGGCCAAUGCAGUUGACCGUGGGACAGGACACUUGUUUGGCUCCAUUAGGGUCACAGGUUCCCACCGGCCCACCCCGGUUACAGUCAUGUUGACUGUAUUUAUGUAUCUGUGUGUGCUGUCACUUCAAAGUAGUUGUUGUGAUUAUGACUUGAGGUUUAGUGUUUCUGUGUCUGUGUGUGCGUGUGCAUCUGUGUGUGUGUGUGUGUGUGUGUGUGUUGCUCAUGCAUUCCAAACUUCCUGAUUAAAAGAUGGGCAACAUAAAGAGGAUUCAGGCUACAGCUGUGUAGGAGGAAGCCACCAUCUCUCUCUCUCUCUCUCUCUCUCUCUCUCUCUCUCUCUCUCUCUCUCUCUCUCUCUCUCUCUUUCUAUCUCUCU